AGAGCCACCAAAUGCUCCAGCGACAACUCACAAAGCUAUGCUGGAGGUCUGUACUGCGUAGAACAAGUGGCUUGACUACAAUGUUUAACGACUGGCUCUUAAUUUCCAUGAAAGGUUCUGAUGAUCUCAAUUUCGACUUUUUACAAAAUGCUGCGCGCUAAACACGUGUGAACAUGCUGAAUUAAUUUUUAUAUAUUAGUCAGUUUUUAGCUGAAACAAUUACACUUUCAUCUAUAUCCAUUGUAAAAUAUAAAACACCGUCUUUAUUUUAUUUUUCCACAACAAUAAUAUUACUAAUAAAGGCCCUCACAAAAUUCAUGUUGUCUGAAUUGCGUUGCAGCGCACAAAACACCUUUAAGACUCGAGUCAUUGAACUUCCGUGGCAGUUUGUAUUCGCCAGUUGUUAAGUACAGAUUACACAGUGAGCAAUGAAAAAUUUUAACUCGUGUUCUCAGUUCAUAACGGCACUCGUUAUUGUAUUGCUCCUACGCAACAAUGCGGAUCCACAAGCACUAUCAAGUAAGUACCACAACAUGAAGGUCAGAAUAACCUCUAACAAUCCGAUAAGAAAUCCGCGCGAGGGACGUGUUGAGGUGAGUUUUGACGGCAUCAUAUGGGGUACACUUUGCAGCUCAACUUGGAGUUUUCGUGAGGGCAAUGUGGUGUGUCGACAACUCGGUCUCGGCUACGCGGCCAUGGUUAGUCAAACAACCACCUUCGGUGACAGCAAAAAGUAUCCUUGGGCUAUGAUCGGCACUCUUUGUCGUGGUAAUGAGCAACAUCUGUCGAACUGCUUGCGUGAGGCCACCUACCCACGUAACUGUACGGUCGGCAAUCCUAAUGUAGCAGUUGUACGUUGCGUGCCGCAGAGCGCCGAUUUGACUUUGGGUCUGCGUGACAUUGAGAUCUCAGCUCGGCUGGAUUUGGCGCCGAUGACACGGCUGCAAUGCGCUAUGGAGGAGAAAUGCGUCUCGGCUGAGGCUUAUGUCAUACGACUCACAAAACCGAAUGCCAUACGAAAUCUGUUGCGUUUCACAACCAAAGCGGAAAAUGUGGGCGACGCGGAUUUCAGCCCCUACGCGAACUAUAAAGACUGGGAGUGGCAUCAGUGCCAUGAACACUAUCAUAGCAUGAACGUUUUUGCGACUUUUGAUGUCUACGAUUUGCGUUACAAGAAAGUGGCAGAGGGACACAAAGCCUCUUUCUGUCUAAUGGACACGAAUUGUGUGCCGGGCGUCCAACCCAAAUACACCUGCGGCAAUGAGACGCAAGGCAUUUCUAUUGGCUGCGCUGAUUUGUAUACUGCCGACUUGGAUUGCCAAUGGGUCGAUGUGACCGGCUUACCGGUAAAUCAAUAUUAUAUUCUUCGUGUCGCCAUUAAUCCUGAGUAUAAAAUUGGCGAACGCACUUUUGAAAAUAACGGUGCUGAGUGUAUCAUACAUUAUACGGGAAAACCGGCGACGACACGAAUCACGAAUUGCCGACGUACGCCAUUGUGGUUUAAAGUUUAA